GACCCAAUCUGUGUGUGUGAUACCAUGUCUCUUCAAGUGAUGUCCGAGGAAACCCCCCAUGGCCUCCAUGACUUAGAAAGGGAGAACACUAACCCUCCUUCUCCCAAAAGAUUGGAAGGAAAAAUUGCAAUUAUCACCGGCGGCGCAAGCGGGAUCGGCGAGGCAACGGUGAGGCUCUUCGCCCGACAUGGUGCCAAUGUGGUCAUUGCCGACAUUGAGGAUACGGUUGGAACUGCUCUCGCCAACUCGCUAGGCCCAUCCGUUACUUUUGCACACUGUGAUGUCAGCUCCGAACAAGACGUCAAGAACUUGGUGGAGUCCGCGGUAUCCCAGUACGGCCGCCUCGACAUCCUCUUCAACAACGCGGGGAUCGUCGGAAGCCAGACGAAGGGCGAGAGCAUCUUGAAUUUCGACGCCGAUCGAUUCGAUCAAGUAAUGCGCGUGAACGUUAAAGGGGUGGCGUUGGGAAUCAAGCACGCCGCACGUGUGAUGAUUCCGAGGAGAGAAGGGUGCAUCAUUUCCACUGCCAGUGUAGCUGGAGUCAUGGGCGGAUUCGGGCCUCACGCCUACACGGCGUCGAAGCACGCCAUCGUGGGGCUGACGAAGAAUGCUGCUUGUGAGUUGGGGCGGAGUGGGAUUAGGGUCAAUUGCAUUUCCCCAUCUGGGGUGGCGACGCAGAUGCUUAUGAAUUCAUGGACGAUUGAGGAUGAGGAGGAAGGUGAGGAAUGCAUGAGUUCUGAGGUUCCGCCGAAGCGAGAAGUGGAGAAUACGGUGGAGGUUUUGAGGGGGUUGGGCGAUUUGGAAGGCGCGACUCUAAAGGCUAGAGACAUUGCUAAUGCUGCUCUUUACCUUGCUAGUGAUGAAUCAAGAUAUGUGAAUGGACAUAACCUUGUUGUGGAUGGAGGAAUCACCACUUCAAGAAAUUGUGUUGGUCUAUGAAAGCUGUCUCACCCAAGAAUAAAAUAUUCAAAUAAAA